CCCACCACAAUUGAAGGAAACUACUGAGGUAGCAAUCUUACAGUGGAAAACACACUGAGCUUACACACGUAGCUAGGUAAAUUUGUGAGAGCCAUGGCUUCCAGCUCCAGCUGCAGGGCAUGGCAUUGCUUGCUUGCCCUCUUCCUCCUCUCCUCCACCGUGUACGGGCAGCUCUCGCCGUCGUUCUACGACAAGAGCUGCCCGACGCUGCAGCGCACCGUGCGUGCCACGGUGACAAAGGCCCUCCGCGCCGAGCGCCGAAUGGGUGCCUCCCUCCUUAGGCUCCACUUCCACGACUGCUUUGUUCAGGGUUGCGACGGAUCCAUUCUCUUGGAUGACGUGGCUGGUAGCUUUGUGGGCGAGAAGACCGCCUUUCCCAACGUGAAUUCGGUGCGGGGCUAUGAGGUGAUCGACCAGAUCAAGAAGGACGUGGAGUUGGCCUGCCCCGGCGUCGUCUCCUGCGCCGACAUCGCCGCCCUCGCAGCACGGGACGGCACUUCUCUGCUAGGCGGGCCCAGCUGGGCGGUGCCGCUCGGCCGGCAGGACUCCACGACGGCGAACAUGAUGGAGGCGAACACCGACCUCCCGGCGCCCAGCUUAAACCUGGACGGGCUCAUCGCCGCGUUCGCCAAGAAGCAGCUGAGCCCGCGCGACCUCACGGCGCUCUCCGGCGCGCACACCGUCGGCUUCUCGCAGUGCCAGAACUUCCGUGGCCACAUAUACAACGACACCGACAUCGACCCGGCGUUCGCCACGCUGCGCCAGCGCACCUGCCCCGCCGCGGCCCCCACCGGCGACACCAACCUGGCACCGUUCGACGUGCAGACGCCGCUCGUCUUCGACAACGCCUACUACCGCAACCUCGUGGCCAGGCGCGGCCUGCUGCACUCGGACCAGGAGCUCUUCAACGGCGCCUCUCAGGACGCGCUGGUCAGCCAGUACGCCGCCAACCGGGCGCUCUUCGUGGCCGACUUCGCGACGGCCAUGAUCAAGAUGGGGAACCUCGCCCCGCCCACGGGAGCCGUCACCCAGAUCAGGCGCAACUGCAGGGUCGUCAACAGCUGAUCUCAUCCACAUCAUCCAUCGGCUCACAUCUUGUACUCCAAAUGUGUAAAGUUUGGUUGGCUACCAACCAGCUAGCAUCCGUGCAUAUGCUGAUAUGCAUGGCGGAAUAAGAGCCGUUAAUCUGGUUCGGAUAAUGCCUGCGGGGCUCGGGUUGGCUAGUUCAGAAGUGAGGUUAGCAACCCCUCCUGCUCGGCUGGGGAUUGCGAGAUGCCUGCUUCAUCAUGCACGUAAUAAAUUGCACAUGUAUACUAUGCAUGCAGUACUAUAAUAAUGAAAAAAAAUGGGUGUGGCAGGUCUGAGCCGGCUGAGAUUUAACCAAGACUCAAUCAAGUGACGUAACAUGUAAGAGAGAAAAAAACUGAAAAAU